AUUCAUAACGAGUGGCGGGCACUGCUUUAAAAUAAAAAUUAGAAAGAAAAUAAAGACAAACAAAAAUAAGCGAAGCAAAAAUAUCGCAGUGUUCUCUCUUUCUCUCGCGAACAAGAGCUGUUCCCCCGUCGUGAUUGCAGAGGCAGUAAUCGUUGGCCCGCUAUGACUCUUCAAGCUCAAGCCUCGUCGUCCUCUUUCGCCGUUGGCAUUCCGUCGUUCACGUCUCCUCUCGGAGGCUCUCGCCACCGCCUCGUCGUUCGAGCCAAAGUGGAACCUUCUGAUAAGUCUGUUGAGAUAAUGAGGAAGUUCUCCGAGCAGUAUGCUCGGAAGUCCGGAACAUACUUCUGUGUGGACAAGGGAGUGACUUCUGUUGUUAUCAAGGGAUUGGCUGACCACAAAGAUUCAUUGGGUGCACCACUUUGCCCUUGCCGGCAUUAUGAUGACAAACCUGCUGAGGCUGGGCAGGGGUUCUGGAACUGUCCAUGUGUCCCUAUGAGAGAAAGGAAGGAGUGCCACUGCAUGCUCUUUCUCACUCCCGACAAUGAUUUUGCUGGCAAGGAACAGACCAUCUCCUUGGAAGAGAUCAGAGAAUCGACAGCAAAUAUGUAACAUGAUUUAGUGUAUCAUAAUCACUCGUUUAAGCAGGCAUCACUUGUAUUUUGGCUAAGAAUGAGAGAGAAUCAUCAUUGUAUGUAUAUUUUAUACUAAUCAAUAACCAUAUCUGGCUUUUCCGUCCCCCCUCCCAAAAUUUUCUUCAUUUUA